AUGAAAGUCACACUUCCGGACUCAAUUAAAGAUAAAUGUCGUGAGUUCACAUUAGACUUUACAGAAGAAUCUCCGGAAAAUUCAUGCGUAAAGCUCACACAUGAUGGAAAAUGGAAAGAGACGGAUGAAACCCUUAUGGGUGUUGCGGAAAACAUUCUUGAUGUAUUGACAAGAUAUGAUAUUAUAGGGACCGAGAUCCAGUUAAAUGUACUCAUCAGGGAUAAUAUUGAUAUACAUCGAUAUUAUCACCUAAAAAAAGCGCAAAUUCCUAUACAUUGGUCUGAACAAGCCCUAUCGACUUUACCUGAAUUUGUUGAAUUAUUGUUGAAUUUGCGGAAUGUCUUAAUUGUUAAUUUAUCACUAUUAAUGCAAAUACCCACAAGUAAGACACAUCGUGUCGAAAAAAGUUUUACGGUAUCAUCACCCUCUGGAAAAGAGACCCAUGACAAACAAAAUAAAAAGAGGCAGAAGAGACCCAAGAAAACAUCAAGAUCUAUUAAGCAAAAAUCAUUACCAUCUCUUCCACCUCCAGUCCCAUCUAAUCAAUCAACAAAACCCUCAGCAUGGCAAAAGACUAAAACCGCUUGCGCGCCAUGCUGUAACGUUCUUUUAACCCCAUAUUACAAAUGGAGCGAAUGGCUAGAAAAAAAACAUCCAAAAGUAGCACCAUACAAAUACGCAAUAUUAAUUUCAUUAGGACUAUUUCUUAUAGCUUUACUAAUAAUUAUAAUAAUUGCCGCUGUUGGUGGAUUUCAAAGCAAUGAUACUGGAACAACAGGAUUAGCUAUGAGUGGGAGUGGAGAUGGUACUUAUUAUGAUCCGGGUGUAGGAAUAGGUUCAUGUGGAUGGCAAAAUUAUGAUAGUGAACUAGUUGCUGCUAUGAAUGCACCACAAUACGGUAUAUAUGCCGACCCUGCUGAUUCGCCAGUGUGCGGGAAAUGCAUACAAAUCACUGGACCUAAGGGAACCGUUAAAGUAAAAGUUGUGGAUAAGUGCCCUGUAUGUAAAAGCGGUGACAUUGAUAUGUCAUCAACAGCUUUUAAACAAAUUGCCAACCUAGAUGAUGGAAGAGUAAAAAUAACUUGGAAAGGAUGCUAA